AUGGUGUUCAAAGCUCUAAUGGGCGGCGGCAGUCGCGAGGACCUGAGCUCGCGGGGAUCCGUCCGUCGCAAGUCGUCUUCUACGACCGGUGGUGACGACUCUGGUCGCACACCGUCGUCCCGCCGUCAUUCAAAAAUAUCUUCAGCUUCCAGUGUAUCUUCCAGCCGUAGGCCAACACGGGGUGACGACCGUGACCGUGGGCUGGGAGAUAUAAGCGGCAGUCGAAGUGUAACGGGAGACUCGACGACGACCUAUGUUACCGCCGAGCCAGCCUCAUAUGAUGAUGAACCUUUAAUAAUUGAACGUACUCCUCGAUCAGAUCGCGAUGACCGGCAGAGAUCAAGUCGCGAUAGUAGUGAUCGUGAUUCGAAGCGGAAUUCAGAAAAACGAUACUCGGAAGAGCGGUCGAGCAGAGAUGGUACGAAUGGCCGAGAUCGUACGCGGACUCGUGCACAAUCUGGAGAUACUGCUGCGCACUUUGCUGCUGAGAUUGCGAAUCCCGGGUUCAAUCAAUUCCCUAUGCAAUAUGAUUCCUCUAAUAUACCUGGCACCUCAGCUCCCUACCAUCCUCCGCUAGAUUCGCAUAUUACACAACAAUUUCCAGGACAAUUACCAGACACCAUAGCGCAACCCUACAUCCCACCAAAUCCUGCAGGGUUUGCUGCCGACUACUAUAAUGAUCAAGGCCAGUCAGUCGCUCACCAACCGGGAGUGCGCCCUCAGGCUCCAGAAAUUAUCAUGGGUGCCGAACCCCAUCUGCAGGCGGCAUCUCCCAUGGCCAAUCCCCCACCCGAACCAAGCAGUCUUGGUCAAGUUGGCGCGGCAGCUGAGUACUAUGCUGCCGGCGACUCAUUUGCAACUUCAUCGACUCCCGCCUCUUCCAAACCACCGAAACCAAGCAAACCCUCAAAGCCAUCAUCUUCUUCAAGACCUCCCAAGCCAACCUCUGCGUCCUCAGUGGCUGGAGAGGCCGCAACCUUUGGUAUCGGCUCAGAAUUGAUGAACCAAGCUAGCACCAACUACCCUACGACUUCUAGUGGUCAGUCAAGACCUCCGAUGCAAGCGACUGGAGGUUCUUCAUCAUCCCAUAAUGGUGUAGGUUUGGCUUUAGGUGGCGCGGCUGCAGGAGCUGCAGCAGCUUAUAUGCUCAAUCAUCAUAGCGAGCAAUCAAACCCGAAUGCGCAACAUACCAACCAACAUAAUGAGUCGUAUGGGAUAGGCAUUCCUACAAACGGAAACUUUCAGCAGUCUUCUUUCCAAGGAACUCCUAGCCCAUACGCACCGCCUGGAUACGCCAAUCGCCCGCCAUUAGGACCUUCGUAUUCUUCUGGAGGUAUGCAGCCCGGAUCGCUGGCUUACCAUCAAAAACAUCAUGGGCCGCUUUCCGCAUUUGUCGACUUUUGGAGAGACCCGGAAGGUGUCGGCAAGUUUGAAGACUACACCGAGGCUAUCGGAGUGUGUAAAUACUGUUUCGAGCCCGGCACAACGUCCUUGAACGCACCACGAAAGCAUCACUAUGACCGACGAAGGCGCUCUCCUGUCGUUGAUAGAUACGGCAGUAGCAGUCGAGUUGACAAGUUGACUCGCUACAAUUCGUCUGAGGAUGAAAGCCGGCGCAAGAAGUCAAAAGGCAGUUCGUGGUUGGCAGGUGGCUUAGCAGGUGGACUCGCCGGCUAUGUGGCAAAGUCCUUGUUCAGCAGUAAGGAUUUUGAAGAUACAUAUAGUGUGCGAUCCGGUGCUCGUGUCGAGUCAUCGCGCCGUCAUACCUACGACGAUGAGAGUAUGGUAUCUUCGAGCAAGGCUAGUUCCACGUCCCGUGGCGUGGUCUCGAAGAAACGAUCGAGUGAUGAUAAGAGUUCGGUGUUGAAAGACUCUAGGACUUAUCGUUAUUCGCGUCGCUCUUCUCGCUCGCGUUCGCGAUCGACCUCUAGAGACCGCCGAACCAGCAGUGGUCUCAAGGAAGCAGCAAUUGGUGCAGCCGUCGGAACUGCAUUGACUGCGGCCGCGACGCGGUCUUCUGAGAGGAAAAGGAGUCAAGAUAGGUCUGCACAACGCCACAGAAGACGCCAAUCUGAUUCUUCGGGAAGUGUCAACUUUGAAAGCUCCCGAAGACGCGGCAGAUCUAGUCCCAGAAGCUUCAGAUCAUUCUUUACCGCUCCAUCGGCCAAUCGCCGGAAGAAGUCUUCUAGGAAAGAACGAGGAUUCUUCUCAUUCGGCAACUCGUCUUCUUCCUCCGGUGACUUUGAUCUUGCCUUUGGCGGCUCUGAGGUCUUCGGUUCGACGGUAAGUGGUCGAUCUAACAAGUCGAGCAAGUCGAGCAGAAAACAAAACGUCGACGCCGAGAUCUUGGGUCUAGGACUUGCAGCUAGACAGCUUGCGCAUUCAUCAUCUCGCAAAGAGUUGACACCUCGCGAUCUCGCUCGACCUCCGAGUUACGGGCGGCCCUCGAAAGUCGAGGAUGAAGAAUGGGAGGACGCUGAAUCCUCAGAUUCUGCCGUCUCUACGAAUUUGGCUUAUGGUGGAAGUGCUAUUUUUGGAAGUUCAGAAUCUGUUACUUCUGGAUCGUCCUUUUGGCCGUGGAGCUCGAGCUCGCGCAAGCAGAAGAAAGCCCAGAGGCAGUACUCGCAACCUCCUCCAACCAACGACUACCCCUACUACUCUAAUGACUACGCCAGUCAAGAUGGCUCUAGCGGUAGAGGUAGUCUUCAGCAAGUCGUUCCGGUUCCAACAAGCGAUCCGACACGGUUUGAUGUCGUGCGGAUGUCGACAUCUUCGUAUCCGAAUGUACAGCCUCCGUUGGUACGACCUGGCCCAAUACCCCUUCAGCAGCCCCAGCCUUUUACUCCAGUCUCUCAGUCGGUUUACUAUCCCACCGUCACCGCACCCGUCGAACCUCUUGUGCAACGCAUUGGCCUAGAGGACAAUUCAAGCCGAGAUAUACAACGGCAACGUCGCAGUAAUUCCUCUCCUGUUCUACCCACGGCGCCUCUUGAUGGGCCCUCACCAGGAAUUCUCAAGCGGAGAUCGACAGCGAAAGACCCAGGAACAGUCUCAUUUGACCUCACUGAGGAACAGGCAGACCGAGAAGAAAAGCUUACCCGCGGGAACAAAAAGCGGGAUCGUCAGCGGAAAGAAGAAUCUGCAGCCUGGAGUGAGAAAGUGGAUGCACUCGCUGAGCUAGAAAGGAGAAGGGAAGAGCGCCGUCGCCGUGAAGAAGCAGAGGCCGAGGAAGUUGCUCGCAAGGUCCGACAAGAGAAACGUCUCAAGGAAACCAAGCUUGAUGAUCGCCCAUCAGUCCUUUCUAAUGGAGAGAGAAGGCAUGUCGCGGAGGACAUGACACAAACGAGUGAUAACGGAAAGGGGCCAUCUUCAUCUUCAUGGGUUCCACCGGCAAUUGCUGUUGUCGCAGGAGCUCUAGCCGAAAAAGCAUUAGAAGAUGAUCGGUCUAGUGCAUCUACUAGUCGAUACGGAGAGCGUAGCAAAAAGCGGCGAUCUGAACGACGUAACGCCUCUGAAAGCCAAUCAGAAGUAACAGAGAUCCCUCGUGAAGCACCUACUCAAGCAGUCGUGGAAGAUGAUGACGAGCACAUGGAGAAAGAAGAGCACAUUGCUAGAACUUCUUGGACAGUCCAGAAUCAGAGUCCUGCCGCUCACGAAAGUUACGAGGAUUUCUUCACGCCAGAGGAAUUGCGGCAUCAGGACACUCAUGAGGAUUCCUCGCCUAAUAUCGUCGAGAUUAUUCCACGUUCUGAGCGCCGCGUUGAACCAUAUCUUGGUAGCGAUCUUGACAAGCCAGAUCCAUCGUGGCCUCCUUUGGUCAUUAACAUCAUCAAGCCAACUCCUCCGGGCAGCUAUGACGGUUCUGUGAGAGACGCCCACUCCCCCGUACCCACGACACCGGAGCCAAUCGAGAAGGAGGAGCCAAAAGAGGAAGAUGUUGAAACGACACCCGUCCGUCCAACCACUGGCUCUCGUGUUUCGUGGGGUGAUCACCAAGUUUACAAGUACGAAGUUGAGACGCCUCUCUCCGACAAGGAAGAGCAUUUCGAGGAGUCCGAUCACCACGAAGCUGCUGCGUCAGCCGAUUAUCAUGACAACGAAAGGAGUUAUGAGGCCUUAGUUGAAGAAAAGCCCGUCACUCGUGAACUAGAUGAGACUGAGUCCACUUCAAAGCACUCAAUGCCGGGUAGUUUCGAUGACGAUGUUGAGUUCGCAGCCACACUCGCUGCUGGUGCUGAAAUAGCCGGCUUUGAUCCUACUGUUGUGACUGAUGAUGCCAGUUACUACGGAAAAGAUCACCUGUCGAAAUUAAAAGACACUUAUCGACCUCCUGCUGUCGAAAGUGUUACCGAUCUCGGUGAAGCAGUGUCGGUGCCAUCAGGGUCAGCAAGCAAGGGGUUCCGUGCACCAGAGUCUUUUGAUUUAGAGGAUGUUCAUACCGAUGAGAUCAAAGUAAGCAAAGACGGUCAAACCUCAACUCGGUCCAUUGCCGUCACAGAGCCGGUAGAUGUCACUAUGUCCGAGAUCCUCGACCGCAAGUCAACCAAGGAGUUGCGCGAUGACGCUAGCGACAGUGUUCCAUCCUCACCUGUCAGAGAUGAGAGCAAAAAGUCAAAGAAGAAGAAGAGACGAUCGAAAACGCUUGACGAUCUUGAAAUUGAGUCAGAAGAGCGCUCAUCAAGACGAUCUGCUUCGAGAGAUCAUUCUGACAGUAAACAACAAGAAAAGUUCGACAAUGUAGACUUUGAGCCGACAUUGAAACGGGUAGAAUCAGCACCUGUGACGGACGACUGGAUCGAAGAAGACAAGGAAAGGCGUCAUCGCAGAUCAAAAGGCAGUAGUUCAGACCGCACUGAAUCACUGGAUGGCGCCCGUUCUGUUGCCGCAUCGGCUCCAGGGGCUGAUGAGACUGAGGAGUAUAGGUCCCGCAGGUCUUCUCGUAGGUCCAAAGAUGAAGAUGGAGACCUCGAGGACGACAGCCGCUCUCUCCCCGAUAUGGACGAUGAUGGAGAAAAGCGUAGACGGCGCAAACACAAACGUCACAGCGGAAACUUUGACGAUGCUGCCUCGGUAGUCUCCUCGCCAGCAAAGAUAGAUGAGACUCGCGAGAAGCGUCGCUCACGUGAGUCGUCGGUAGCCUCUACUCAGCGGUCCAGAGAGCCCGAAAAGAAAAGCGGUGGGCUUUUCGGCAGUCUUUUCGGCUCAAAGACAAAUACAGAACGCUCUUGGUCGACUUCCGGAAAACGUGAAACACAGUCAGAAAUUGGUGUCGAUGACAGUACGUCUGAGCGUAGACGCAAGAAGAAGUCUUCGUCACGUAGUAGCUUGAGCGGUGAUGGGCCUGAUGGUUGGGAUGUGGCAAGCGAAGCCGCUCAGUCAACAAUGGAUCUCUCUCAGCUGGGUAAAGCACUGGACGGCGAAGAUGGAGACAACGACAGCCAAUCGGCCCGCAGAAAGAGAAAAGAGCAAAAGCGGCGAAACAAGUAUGAGGAGAUUGUUGAUUCGGCUCGUGAUGCACCAGAUAAGGAUCGAUAUGCCACCGUCGACGAUAAUGAUAACGACAAAAAGUCUUUUUUAGGGAUGCGCCCCGAAAUGCCACCGGUAAAUAGUUAUGAAGAAGAUUCGACUAGAGACCUCGUGGGUGGUGCUUCGGGGCUAGCUAUCACUACAAGAGCGUUUGGACCUGGCAGUAUGAGUAUCGAAGAUCAGCUGCAGGAUGUGAACCAGCGUCUGAGAAGCCGUUCGGUAUCCCCUUCGAUGGCUGAAAAGACGUUCGAGUUGGCACCCAGAUCUCUGAGUCGACCUUCUUCCCCCGGAGGUAGUAAUCAAGAUGAGAAGGAAUUACGAGCGAGACGUCUGUCACUUUUGCGAACGAGUGACUCGCCUACGGCUGUUCCGUUGCAUUUCAGGAAACCGCCUACAUCUCCGAAUAGCUCUCGACGAGUCUCGAUGACUUCCCCAGCGCAAUCCCCUAGUUCACCGAGACCAGGUCAUCGACGUCCCAACUCCGUCGAAUUCAAGAAUGUGCGCGAAAUCCGCCCGCUCUGGCUCGUUGAAAGACAUAGUACCAGCAAACUUGACGUCGAGCCUGAGGGACCUCUCCCAUCUCUUCCAUCGAGCAAGACAUCAUCCCGGAGCCCCUCCGUCGAAAAUCUCCGCGAAGGCUUUGACGACGGCGAAGACGCUGUUACCGGCUUUUUCAUGGGCAGUGGUGACUCCGCCUUUAGCUGGGGUCGCAAACCAGUUGAUCUCCGCAUAUCCACGGACCAAUUACCUGCUGAAGAAGACGAUUUCUUGAACUCGCAGCAAGCGACUCCCACAGCUGAAACAUACAACAAUAACAACGAACAAUUUGGUCCGCCACCGAUCAAGAAAGAGAAGCCAAAGUAUGAGUUCCAUUCGCCAUCGGAGUUGCUGCAGGAUCCAACUACGUAUCAAUCUAUGGUUCCGGAGCUUCCGGAGUCGUUGGAUCGUUUGCCUUCUGUUGCGGGAUCAGAGUUGGGUGGAAAGGAACCUGAGAUCAAAACAGAGGAAGCACAUGUGGUGGAGUCAGCAAGAGACAUUGAUGUCAGGGAUGAGGAUCGGCGCAAGGAACACAAAAGUGGUAUAUCCUCGUUCCUGGCGGGUGCAGGKUUUGCUUCUAUUGUUGAUGCGGCUGUGUCUGCUGCUGUUAGUGACGCCGAGCCAGCUACAAAGGAUGUCGAUGAGCAUGCAGCAACCUCAAAGGAACUCACUGAGGAUGCUGGUCAUCAGGAGCAAGCGCCAACUUCAUUUAAGCCCGAAAGUUUCGGCGGCUUCGGCAACAUUGUAGAUGCAGCGGUUUCGAAAGCGGUCUCUGAAAAUACUUCUCAUGACGUGAUUGAUACUGAACGCGAUCACUCCAUGAAGGCAGACGAGGACGUCGCCGCAAAGCACACUCCUUCUUCCAACGCUGGUCUGUUCGCAGGUGUUGUUGAUGCUGCUGUUGCAGCGGCUGCCGGCGAAAUCCCUGCUGAAGUUGCUCAGCCAGACCUAGCUAGAGAUGUCAGCCAACAAGAAGGUACUGUGCGAGAACAAAAUGCAGCAGAGAUUCCUCUCAUUGAAGAAGAGUCCAAAGCUGUCGCCGAAGAAGCUAGCUCGGGUACUUCCAAGAAGCAGAAACGAAAGGACAAGAAAAAGAAGAAAAAGAGCAAAGAUCUUGACGCUCCUGCUGACGACAGUGAUGAAGGAGAGGCGACCACUGCUCCUGUUCCUGUGGGUGAAUUAGAUUCUUCUGCACAACCCGAGCCAGUGCCAAAGGCGGAAGCGGCACGGGCCGUACCUGUCACGGACUUUGUUGAUGAGCCAGCGGUCGCAGAGCAACAACCUGUCUCGGACGAUGUUGAAUUCAAAGACAAUGAUUUGGAAAUUACGAAUCACAUACCACUCGCUGGUGAGUCUCAACAAGUCGCUGAAGACGGCACUCAUGAUUUGGAAGCACCCACCUCAAUUGUGGAGACUGAGUUGUCCCCCGAGGCGGUCACCGCAUCUGCGGAGAACGAACAGACUACUACAGGCACCAAUGAUCAACCACCACAUGUGGCAGCGGAGCCUGAAGACGAACGAUCUUCGUCUGUGACAGUUACAACUUCUAAAUCUUCGAAAAAGAAAAAGAAGAAUAAGAAGAAAUCGCUGAGUCUGUCGGAAUCAGUUUAUGGUGAAUCACCUGAAGCUGCUUCGGUCGAUGAACCACAGAUCGAGUCUGGUGUUACUGUUACUGAGAAGCCAAAGUCAAUUGAAGAGGUAGUUGAAGAAAAGCCUGUGCUUGAAGAGAGUUCUGCUGGCAUGCCGUCUAUGACUCCGGAGACUUCUAUUGGGGAUGUGGCUACUUCUGGGGAAAAGCAGCAGGACAAGCUCGAGCUGGAAGUGGCAGAGUCUGUUGACAGAUCUGCAGCCAAUGAGGGUGACUUUGUCAUCGUCGCGCCAGAUGCCGAGGUAUCGCAGGAUAAUGAACAAGACAAGCCCGUCGAUAGUCCUGUCGAUGAAUGGUUCGACUCAGCAGAAACCGCAGAAGUACGGCCUACCGAGCCGGUAGAAAUUGCGCAAGACUCUGCUACUGCAGACAAGGAAAUGCAGACACCAGAUGUUCUCCAAGAUAUCACCGCUACCCCUGAAUCAGUGGAGAUAAAACAGACAGAGGAAGAGCUAGUCACAACUUCAUCGAGCAAAAAGAAGAACAAGAAAAAGAAGAAGAAAGGCCAGUCUUCGUCUAUCGAUGAUACUGCUUCUCAAGAUACAGAACAAGAAUCUUUUGUUCCUUCCAUUGAAAGUGAAGUCGUACAAGCGGGUGAUUCUGAGAGUCAGUCCAGAGAUGUUGAAGAAGUGGUACCAGAGACAUCUGAAGCCCUGCCUGCUGAAGCUGAAGAAUCCGCAUCGAAGUCAGAUGAUGCUUCUAUCCCCGUUGUUCCAGAAACUGUAGCAAAACCUGAAGUUUCUGAAGUGGUUGCCGAAGCGCUGACGGAAAGCGAAGCAGCUCCCAAGCAGAUCGAAGAGACCUCUGAACCACAGACAUUCGAUACUCCUAACGAACCUGCUUCAUCUGAGAUGUCACAGCCAGAAACCGACAUAAUCUCUACUCAACAGUUAACUACUGAACAAUUAACAAAAGAAAUUGAAGCAGCAGAGGCGACGCCAAGCCAAGAAGCAUUUGAAGAAGUGCCUUCUACCUCUAGCAAAUCAAAGAAGAAGAAGGGCAAAAAAGGAAAGCGAGUGUCUUGGGCUGAAGGAGCUGAAUUUGCUGUUGAGUCUGAGCCUGCGACUCCUGCAGAGCCUGAAACCCCUGCGCUUGAAGAGACUGCACCUGCUGUAACUUUAGAAGAGCCAUUAGCUGCCGCCGAAGAAGAAGCGGUGGUACCUAUCUCUGCCGAGCCUGAAUCUUCGACUGUCUCUGAAGUCGAGGCUCCACGAGAAAUAGAGACAGAAGUGCCAACACCAGCAGAGGCCGUUGAAUCUCUAACCCCCUCAAGCGCUGACGUCGAGUCUGCUUCAAUUUUCGAGCCAUCUUCAACAACUGAAACUGCUGAGAAAGAGCCUUCUAUCGAUCCUCAAUCCGAACAACAAGCCGAAGGCGUUGAGAACCUUGACGAGCAGCCUGCCUUCUUGCCUACCGAAUCUUCUCAAUUAAUCGAUGCCAAAGAACCACUCAAGGACGAAGCCGAUCAAUCCGAGGGUGCAAGUUCAAAGACCAAGAAGAAGAAGGACAAGAAGAAGGAUAAGAAGAAGAAAAAGGCAGCUGAAGCUUCUGCGCUCACAGACGAUGAGCCUUCUCAAGUAUCUGAUCCGCCUGUUGAUAAUACCGUCAAGGACGUGGCUGAGGUUACUACUCCUGCAAUUUCCGAGCCUAUUGAGACAGCUCCCGCUGAGCAGCCCGCUACAGAGGAACAAAUGAUGGAUGUUGUUCCAGUAGAAACUAUAGUGUCUCAAAACGCCGGAGUCUCAGAACCUACUGAGACGGCUUCCGCUGAGCAGCCAGUCCCCGAGGAUACAUCAAGAGAUAAUUUUCUGGGAGAUGCUCCUGUUUCGGAGCCUACUGAGCCACUUCCUGAAGACAAGCCUAUUGCCGAAGAACAAGCCUCAACUACCAUUUCUGAAGAUAUUCCAGAACCGUCAGCUUCCGAUGCCACUGCUGAUGAGCCGAAAUCUAUGGACAUUGCACAAGAAGAAGAGGAGACUCAGGAAACCUCCUCCAAGUCCAAAAAGAAGAAGGAUAAAAAGAAGAAGAAAGCGGCCGCCGCUGCUGCUGUUGCGGCUGCGGCUCUCACUUCGGGACAAGACUCUCCUGAGCCACCAGUCACUGAAGAAGCAAAGGAGCCUGCUGAGACUCUUUUUUCUGACGGUGCAGAAAAGACAGAAGACGUUGUCGAAGAGUCCAAGCCGGAUGAAACAAAGGAGGUUGAUGUUGUGGAGUCGGUAGCAGAGCCGCAGACCAUGGACGAACUGAUCGAGAAGAAUGUGGAGGAGCCUGUUAAAGAGCCCGUUCAAGAGCCCAUCUCAGAGCCUGCUCAGGAGACUGUUCAAGAGCCUGCGGAGGUGCCUGUGGAGGAAUCUGUUCAAGAGCCUGCGCCGGAGCCAGUGGAGGAGACAAAGCCCUUGGACCUCACGGACGAUGUGCCUACUCAAGAGACUUCAAAGUCCAAGAAGAAGGACAAGAAGAAGAAAAAGGCCACCGAUGCUCUCCUGCAGGAAGAGGAACCAACGCCCAAGGAGGAGACUACGGAUUCUACUCCAGCUACACCUGCUAAAGCCCCUGAACAGACGGAGUCAGCCACUCAAGAAGAGCAACUUCCCGAGGAGGAAAAGACGGAGGAAGUCAUUGCUGCUGAAAUCGAAGAGCCUCAGCCUGCCGAAACUCAUGUAGAGGUUCCUGCACAAGAAGAAAAGACUCCUGAUGUCACAGCAGAUGAUGAGUGGCCUCAAGAAACUUCCAAGUCCAAGAAGAAAAAAGACAAGAAAAAGAAAAAGGCUGCUGCAGCCCUCACCUUGGACGAGGAACCAACUCCAUCUGAACCAGUUGUUGAGGAGGCGGAAGCGAAGCCCACUGAAGCUGAAUCGUCUGAACCCCAAGAAAUGCCUAUCCUCGACGAAACAACAAAGGAAAUCACGGAAGAGCAGACUGCUGAAACUCAACAUGCAGAGCACCCCGUCGAAGACGUGAAGACUGUUGACAAUACUGAAGACGACAGCUGGGCUCAGGAGACUUCUUCAAAGUCGAAGAAAAAGAAAGACAAGAAGAAGAAAAAGGCGGCAGAAGCUCUUCCACGGAACGACGAACCUCAAACACCUGUCGAAGAAGAAGCAGCGGAGCUUGUUGAGACUGCAUUACCCGAGGUACAAGAAUCAUUUGCUGCGGAAGAACAGAGAGCCGGUGAGAUUUCUGAAUACAAGGAUGUCGAACCUGUAGCUACAGAAUCUUCAGCUGAAGUUGUACCAACCGAGUCACAACUCCCUGCUGCGGAGGAAGCAAAAGUGGACGAUGCUCACAAUGACAAGGACGUAGUCCCUGAAGCUACAGAAGCCUCCGCAGAAGAUGUCAAUGCUGUUCCUGUUGCGGCAGAGGACGAAUGGGCUCAGGAGCCUUCUUCUAAAUCAAAGAAGAAGAAAGACAAGAAAAAGAAGAAGGCAGCAGAAGCUCUCCUAUGGGAUGACGAACCCACUUCGUCCGACAGGCCUAUCGAUGAACAACCUGUCGAAAGCGAGCCCUCUGCCUCCGUGGCUCAAAUAGAAUCUCCUGUGGACGAAAAGAAAGCAGAUGACGCUACAGAAGUUUCCGAAACAGAAAUUCCUAUUUCUCAAACUCCAGACGAGACCCAGCAAGUCGAUAUUCCCGAAGACGAUAGCUGGAGCCAAGAAACCUCAAAAUCGAAGAAGAAGAAGGACAAGAAGAAACGCAAGUCACUUCAAUUAGAGGCCACCCAGGAGGAAAGCAAGCCCGACGUUACUGCUGAAGAGACAAAGGACAUUUCAGAUUUUGCUCUGGCUGUCGAAUCCGCUCCUGCUACUGAGGAUGUUACGGAAGCAGUUGACGAACAGAAGGAGGUCGACACUUCCGAUAUGUCGACGCAAGCGAUUCCACAAGAAGAUUCUGCACCAGUCCAAGCUGAGAACAUCGAAGACGAAGGCUCAACGUCAAAAUCUAGCAAGUCAAAGAAGAAAAAGAACAAGAACAAGUCCAAGGAUGAGCCGAUGCCUUGGGAUGAAGAGUCUUCGGUCAAGACACCAGAUGUGAUGCAGGAGGCUGCAAGUGAGGAUGCUCUCAAAAAAGAGUUUACUCGUGAAAUACAAGAACCUGCAAUUGUUGAUUCUACGGAACAAGAGAAACAGGAGUCCGAGCAGAUUGCUGAAGUGGGCCCAGAAGGUGAAAAGCUUCCGCCAUCAGUAGGUUCUCAACUACCUGCAGAUGAAUCCGUGUCAGUCCAACCUGAAGAACCCGCAAAUCAAGAGUCCUUGAAUGCUACAGACCUUACAGAGACUACCGACGCUGGGGAGCAGAGCCGUGACGUUUCCUCUCCCGGCGACAUCUAUGAAGAAACACGGAAUGACAACGAAUCAUCGCAAGCCAAGCCUGGGAAAAAGUCAAAGAAAAAGAAGAAGCGAGAUUCGAUGCCGUGGGACGACGAACCUGCAGAACAGCAGGACUCUUCGACAGCUCCUAUCGCAGUCGAGGCUGGAGAUGAGAUGACUUUGAUCAACUCGCAAAGUGAAGAGAAGCAGCCCGAGCUGGCGCCUCUCGAGGUACUGCAGUCACAGCAUGAACCAGUUAUGGAAGAGUUCAAGGAUCUAGACCCUGAUGAAGCUAAUGUGGAACCGGAAAAUGGAGAGUUGGCAACUGCAGUUACAGAAUCAACCAAGCAGCUAUCUGCAAAAGAGAAGCGAAAGGAGAAGAAGAAGCAGAAACGUCGUACGAUUGAUAUGGCAGACGAACCAAGCCCUGCGAUUGCAGACGACACCCCUGAGGUGACUGCGCACGUAGAAUCGCCUAUGCCAGACGAACAGCAAAACGACAACGAAGUAGCUGCGGAUGAUUUUGCGCCGGUUGGAAAAAAGAAGGGUAAGAAGAACAAGAGGCAAUCGGUAAGCUGGGAGGAGGAAGUCAUUCAAGCCGUCGCCAAGGAGGAACCGAAACCCGACGAGAUUGGACAAAUUACCGAAAAAUCUGAUUCGAAUUUUCCGCCUCUUAGCGAAGACCUCAAUUUGGGACCAAGUCAAACAGAGAAUGAACUGCAGGAGACGCCUGUUGAAGUCGAGGGUAAAGAAACUUUUCAGUCUUCCGAAGAGACUCACACCGACCAGAAAGAGAAAGAUUUCGAUUGGACUGAUAACGUGGUGUCUCCGCAGGUACAAUCUCAGACAGAAGAAUCUCCCUUCCCGGUUCGUUCCCCGAUUUCUGAUGAACGCGAUGAUUCCGACCGGAGCCGCCCUACUCCAACUACUGUAGAUGACGAAGCUGUAAUUCCUGAAGCUGUGGCAGAUGAUCAAAUCCCAGCUGCUGCACAAGAAGAAGGACCAACAGAACUCUCUACAGCUGAUUUCCAACCCGUCGACCAAGAGGMAGAGGAUAUAGACUGGACGGCUUCUAAAAGCUCAAAAAAGAACAAGAAAAAGAAGAAGCAAAAGUCAAUCACCACUGCGCCAGAUGAGUCCAUGAUCGUCGAAGAAGUAAACUCGCCAAGGACUUCGGUUGAGCAAGAAGACAAGCCCGACAUCGAACAACAAGCUGUCGAAACCGAUGAAUCACGAGAAAUCAAAGAAGGGUCUGCCGUUAUCGAAGACUCACUCCUGGUUCCAAAAUCAAUGCCUAUACAACUUUUCGACAAUGAGCAACCGAGAGACAUUCAAGAAGAGCCUACUCCAGUCGAAGAGGCUCCCUUGGUUUCAGAGCCAGUUCCUCAAACGGAAGAGGAGUUCAAAUCUGCCGACUCCCGCAAGAAGAAGGGCAAGAAAAACAACAAGAAGUCUGAUGCAUGGUCAUUCGAAGAGCUAGGCGAAGAGCCUGUGGAGGAGCAGAACACCAAACAAACCCCCAUCCAACUACCGGAUGAUGAAGUCAAAGAGGAGAUGGCUGCGGUUGACAACGACGUGACUGAAGUGCCUGAAGGAGUACCUCUAGCCCCAGGACCAGCGCAGGAGGAAGUCCUAGGGGAUACGAAAACCACGGAUGCCACUGUGAUUCCUGAAGAAAUACCAGAAGAGAAAAGCGUACCCCAAGAGGAGCUUCCUGAAAGCGACACCGCGCCACUUCCUGAGGCCCCAAGUCGCAAGCUUUCAAAGAGGGAAGAGAGAAAGAUGAAGAAGGGGAAGAAGGGGAAGAAAUUAGAUUUCGAGGAAGAAGAACCGAUUGCAGAGACUGUGGAGAAGGAAAUAGAAAGUGUCGGCAACGAGCAGAUUCCGGAGGCUGCUAAUGAGAAUGUCAAUAGUGCGCCAACCAUCGAUGAUAAGCCUGCCGCAGAACCAAUUCUCGAGAAGGCUUCUACUUUUCUGAAAGAACGACAGGGUGCCGAUUUGAAACCUGCCAUUACAGAGCCCGAUUUUGAAGAGGCUCCUGUUGCCCCCAAAAAACAACGGGUUGCCGAUGUGAAACCUGUAGAGUCCGUUCUUGAGGCUCCUAUUGCUCUCGAAGACCAGCAGGUUACCGAUGUGAAGCCUGCUAAUUACAUUUUAGAGGAUGAUCCAAUUACUUUUGAGGAACAGCAAAUUGUCGAUACCAAGCCUGCAGAACCCGUUUCUGAGGAAGCUCCUAUCAAUACCGAAGAGCAAGUAGUCGAGAAGGAAGUUGAUAUUGUGGCUGUUCAGAAGGAGCCAGUCACGCACAAGCUAUCCAAAAAAGAAAAAAGAAAGAACAAAAAGCGCAUGACAGAGACCUGGCCGGAAGAGCAGCCACUUGAGGUCAGCAGAGAUAUUGCACCUCAAUCAGAUGUCGUUGAGCCUAUUGCUGUUGAGGAAUCAGAAGAGAAUAUCGUCGAUAAUGUCGCUGUUGAAGAUACGAAUGUUGAACCUGAACAACCUCAUGUAUCACUUGAUCCAUUUGAUGUGCCAGACGCCGGAGACGAGGGUCCAAAUGAGGCCUCUGCUGAUUGGGCGAUUGACACUGUUGUCGCAGAACGAGACUCUGAGCCCAAACUAGACGCUGAUGCAGCGUUUCGUGCACGUCAGUUAGAGCAAGAGGCUGAUCUUGCUGUUGCCGCUUCUCUUUUUGGAGAAUCUGCCGAGCCAGAACCUGAAGAACUUGUCUCACGUCAGUCAUCCAAGAAGCAAAAAGGCAAGAAGGGCAAGAAAGACAAGAAGAAUGCUCCACUUGAGAAAGGAACUUUGAAGGACAUUGCCCCUGCUUCUCAAAUCGAGACAAUUCCAAAGGAAGAGAUUGCACAAGAGGAAUAUCACGAUACGGAGCAGUCUGAAUCCGCGGAAGAAAACUCGCGUUCUUGGCCUUCUGUCGAUUUUGACAAUGGCUUAUCUCGAACGUACUCUGAAAAUAAGAACGCACCCAGGUAUAUUGAGCUCGAACAUGAACGUGCAACCGGAUUCUUGGCACAAGACACGUCACCUAUGAUAAACGACUUCCGAGCAGAAGAGCUUCAUGAGGAAUCGACAAGAUCAAUAUCAGACAACCAGGUGGUCGAUGUAGAAAAAACAUCUCAACAAGAAGAUCGCAGCAACUCCCCCAGUCAAAAAGAAGAUGUGGAUAUGAUCAUUUCUGCAACAAUGGCUGCAGCAGGUUUCUUUCCUUCUACCGUCACAGCACAUGCAGAAGACAAUGCGAAUACGGACAUGCAUUCUACAAAUGGAACUUCAAGGGGAUUAUCUGACUUUUACGAGCAUCGUGAUGUAUUCAGCGAUGAGCAUUCAAAAUCUUCAAUCACAACUUUUGACGCUCCUAAAGAAGAAAGCAAGUCAAACAAGCUUGCCGACAUCUUUCCAGGCCUCGAAAGAGUCAAGUACAGGAAGCCCUCUCCCAAGUCACACGAAAAGCAAACCACCAAUACCCUUGCUGUGGAAGAGCGAAGCCUACCGCUAGAAACACCUGUCAAGAGUCUUAAGAAGACCCAGUCAAAACACCAACUCUCGAGUCGCGAGUUGCCUGUCACUGUGGAAUCAACGUCCAAAGAUCGGUCUUCCUCACUCCUGUUCGACUCUUCUCCAUCAACCAGGCUAGAACCCACUCCCGAUACUACGCGCAGAACCUCUUCAUCGCCAAUUCGGUUACAACAUCAAACGUCCGGUGGCUCUUUACACCGCACACAAUCCAUCCAUGGCCAUCACUCAGAGCAUGCUAGUGGCUCUCUUCACCGUACAAAGUCUAUCCAUGGCCACCACUCUGGCACGGCACGCAACUGGCAGCUUGAAGAUGAACUGACCCCAACAAAAAGAGCAAGCAGCCAAUCUCCACAGCCCCUCUUAUACCCUGAGAACCUUGAAGGCCUUUCUCCCCCACGAACACCUCUUGAUCCCAUCAAAGAACAUGACGGCUCUCACCUUCCAUCACCUUCUCCGCGACUUGUCAUGGGAGAAGGACCGUACAAAUUGGAGCGACCAGACAGCCGCAGCAGCGUCCGAAGCUCACGGUCACUGCGCAAGGCCAAUCGCAGCAUCAGUGGUGAUCUUCGAGCAGUGGCAGCAGCUUCUCAGGGCAAAGAACAGCAGUCUAACUCGGAUCGGCCUAAGGCCGAUUCCCGCAAAAAGGGAAAGGCUGGGCGCCAAGAAGUGGGGCAUCAUCCCCAGCCACUCGUUCCUCAGGCUGACUCCUUCCACGACGACGACCUGCUCCACGACAACAACCACGACGAUGUCCGCGAUGACUUUGACCGCCGACAUCUCGAAAACCUCCCUUCUUCCUCAUCGUACGAUCCCGUAACCGACAAGGGCAAGCGCCCCGUCCGAGGCAUGUCUGAUGUCUACCUUCGUUUACAAAUGCUCAACCUUCCGCGACUAACCUCUCUGCGCGUACAGGAGGGAUGGGGCGAGACUCCAAACUCACCACGGUCGCCGACCCGACCGCCCAGCGUCAGACGCCGUCAAAGCAUGCAACAUCUUCAAGAACUCGAGACUCGACUCGAUCAAUUAAUCUCCGAGAAUCGCCUACUAGCCGCUGCAAAGGACGAGGCUGAACAAAGACUAUCGCGCGUGGGGAUUGCUCGUCGCAAAAGCGAUCAAGCUCUCAAUACCAGCAAUGCCGACUUGAGAGACAAAGAAGCCGAAAUUGCGCGAUUGACAAAGUCAUUGGAAUGGAUGCAAAGUGAGGUGCAACGAUUGACUUCGGAGAAUGAAGCGGUGAAUGCGAAGCACGCUGAAUUGACUGCGUCGCAUGCACGUGAAGUCGAUGGUCUUCGUACCCGUCAGCUCGAACUUGCUUCAGGUAUGGAAGGAAUUGUGCGCGAACAGAUAUCCGCUGCUCUAGCAGAGAAAGAUGCAGAGCUUCGUCGUCUACGUGACGAGCUUGCUGCGGCCCGACAAGCAGUACAAGAACUACAACAACAGAUUGUCGCGGCAACAGCGGCCGACGUACUCUCUAUCCACGACGAAGACUACUUUGACAAUGCAUGCCAACGUCUGUGUCAACAUGUCCAACAAUGGGUACUACGAUUUUCCAAACAUUCCGAUCUUCGCCGUUGCCGUCCAUUAUCCGAAGUACGAAACACAAAUGUUGCGGAUCGAUUUGACAAUGCUAUUUUGGACGGCACGGAUAUCGAUGCAAUUCUCGCUGACCGAGUGCGCCGACGCGAUGUUUUCGUCGCGGUUGUGAUGGCUAUGAUUUGGGAAUACGUCUUUACAAGAUAUCUCUUUGGCAUGGACCGGGAACAAAGGCAAAAACUCAAGGCUCUUGAGAAACAGCUCUCAGAAAUCGGACCUCGUCGAGCCGUCGCUCAUUGGCGCGCUCUUACACUAACCCUACUCGCAAAACGUCCUUCAUUCGCAGAUCAACGGGUCAAGGACACUGAGGCUGUUGCCCUCGAAAUCAUGGAGACUCUAUCCCAACUUCUACCACCUCCUCAAUCGGCUCAAAGUCAACUUCUCGAGUCGUUGAGAGGGGUGCUCCGGCGCGCAGCCAACUUGUCCAUCGAAAUGAGGACACAACGCGCCGAAUAUGUCAUGCUGCCACCUUUGCAACCGGAAUACGACUCACAGGGCGAUCUUGCUCGGCAAGUAAGCUUCAAUGCAUCCUUAAUGAAUGAACGCAGUGGAAUAUACAACUCCAAUGAAACGCUUGAAGCACAGGGCAUUCCAGUGCGCUUAGUGCUGUUCCCACUCGUCGUCAAAAAGGGCAAUGACCUCGGAGAUGGCGAUGAAGAAAUAGUUGUUUGUCCGGCUCAGGUUCUUGUGGCCUGGCCUGAAAAUGAAAAACCUCGUGAUCGCAUGUCGGCCCUUGGAAACCGAUCUGUGUCCAGCGUGGUGCCAUCCGUUGAUAUGGGAAAUAUGAUCUAA